CUCUAUCUCCCCCAAAUCUCAAUCUUGGACUCUCCUCUGUUUCCUCUUCUUUAUAUAAACACACACUUCUCCUCUUCUUCAAUCUUCUUCACACCACACAAACACCACUUCUUCAUUUUUUUCAGAAUCAUUCAUCAUCGUCAUCAUCAUCAACCUUCAAGUUCUCAGUUAUGGAAGAAGCUAAGGUGGAAGCGAAAGACGGAACCAUCUCUGUGGCUUCUGCAUUUUCCGGUCACCAACAAGCUGUGCACGAUAGCGACCACAAAUUCCUAACGCAAGCUGUUGAAGAAGCUUACAAGGGAGUUGACUGUGGUGAUGGCGGUCCAUUUGGUGCAGUGAUUGUGCAUAAGAACGAGGUUGUAGUUAGCUGCCACAAUAUGGUUUUGAAAUACACAGACCCUACUGCACAUGCUGAAGUCACAGCCAUUAGAGAGGCAUGCAAGAAACUUAACAAAAUCGAGCUAUCAGAAUGCGAGAUUUACGCAUCUUGUGAGCCAUGUCCCAUGUGUUUCGGAGCCAUCCAUCUAUCGAGACUCAAGAGAUUGGUUUAUGGAGCUAAAGCCGAAGCAGCUAUAGCCAUCGGGUUCGAUGACUUCAUAGCUGAUGCGCUAAGAGGCACUGGGGUUUACCAAAAAUCCAGCCUGGAGAUAAUAAAAGCAGACGGGAAUGGCGCCGUUAUUGCAGAACAAGUCUUCCAGAACACUAAGGAGAAGUUUCGUUUAUACUAAAAGCUCUUCUCCUCCAUCACAUUCUUCUUCCUCUUCUCCUCCUUCAUGAUGGUAAUUAGAAGAAGUAGAAGACGAAGAAUGCUCUUGCCUUUAACUUAAAUAAAUCUCUGCUUCAAAUUGUUCAUUUUAUAAACAGAAGAAAAAGAAAAAAAAAAAAGAAAAACUCAAUUUCGGUUCUUGUUGACAUGCUUUGUAUUUACUUUCUCCAUUUGAAUUAAACUGGUAAAUACUUGUUUCUCUGUCAAUAUCUUCACUUUUAA